AUGUCCACACCAGCUAGAAGAAGGUUGAUGAGAGAUUUCAAACGUAUGAAGGAAGAUGCCCCACCGGGAGUAUCUGCUUCACCAUUACCUGAUAACGUCAUGGUAUGGAAUGCUAUGAUUAUUGGGCCUGCCGAUACUCCAUAUGAAGAUGGCACAUUUAGGUUGCUAUUGGAGUUUGAUGAAGAGUACCCCAAUAAGCCACCGCAUGUCAAAUUUUUGAGUGAGAUGUUUCAUCCAAAUGUCUAUGCAAAUGGGGAAAUUUGUUUGGAUAUUUUGCAGAACAGAUGGACUCCAACAUACGAUGUGGCAUCUAUACUGACAUCCAUUCAAAGUUUAUUCAACGAUCCAAAUCCAGCUUCACCAGCAAACGUUGAAGCUGCAACAUUAUUUAAAGAUCAUAAAUCACAGUACGUCAAAAGAGUUAAAGAGACGGUAGAGAAGUCUUGGGAAGAUGAUAUGGACGAUAUGGACGAUGACGACGAUGACGACGAUGACGAUGACGAAGCAGACUGA